CCCACUCAACUGCCUACACCACGCAGCCCAGACCCACCACCGCACUCCCACUCCCACUCCCCACUCCUCCCCCAAUUCCGGCGGAACCCAUCCAGCCACCGCCAUGGCCGCCGGCGUCUGGAACGUCCUGGACUGGUUCCCCGGAGGCGAGGCCAUCCUCAGGGCCGAGAGCGCCUUCCUCUCCGCCAGCACCGCCGCGGGCGGCGAGGACCGCAUCAGCGCCCUCCACGACCACCUCCUCAGGGACAUCGUGUCCCGCCUCCCCGCCAGGGACGCCGCCCGCACCGCCGCGCUCGCCUACCGCUGGCGCCACCUCCGGGAGCUCACCCUGCUCGGCGUCCACAUGCCCGACUGCGACAACCUCGACCACCUGCUCCCCCGCAGCCCCGUUCUGGACACCCUCGUCGUCGUCCUCAGCCGUAUAUUCCACCACAUUCACCUCUGCAGCCAGAGCCUCAAAUCAGCGCUCCUCUGGAGUUACUACGCGCAGGAGAUCGCCGUCAUGGACUGCCCGCUCCUGGAAAGCCUCAUUCUGUGCGAUGUCUCAUUCGGUGAAGGUGAUUCGGUGGCUGUAAAGAUUGCUGCUGCGCCCAAGCUGCGCGUGUUGGGCUACCUGGAGCCAAGAGUCCACCAGCUCAAGAUUGGCAACAAUCUCAUCAAGCCUGACACGAAGCCGAGCCCGAGCACCGUGGUUCCGAGCGUCAAGAUACUGGCCUUGAAGGUGAACUUUGGUGUCCUCAAGGAGGUCAAGAUGCUGGCCAGCUUCCUCAGAUGCUUCCCCGACAUUGAAAUGCUGCACAUCGAGUCUCUCCCAGCCGAUGAACGCACUCGAAAGCACAAUGCCAAAUUCUGGCGAGAGCUCUGUCCUAUCGAAUGUCUCAAGUCACACGUCACCGAGAUGAUCGUCCAUGAAUUCCGGGGGGAUCGAAGCGAGAUGGAGUUCCUCAAGUUUGUCGACAGGAGCGCGGACGAGAUGUUGUAUUUGCUCGUCAGGACCACUGCAGAAAUAUUCGCUUCGGCGGAUGAGAUGGAUGAGCUGAUGACUAAAAUGGAAGAUUUUACGCACCGAGGGUGGGUCUGCGAUCACUCCAUAGUGGUGCACUGGUGGUGGGGGAGCCUUUGGAGGAGAACCUCUGGAGUUUCAGCAAAGCGUCGGAUCUCUCUGCUGACAACCCUUUCCAGUGUUGGUCCUAGUGUUCUGAGGGGGAUUCAAUUCAGCACUAGACAGCCAAAAGGAAGACACAAUAAGCUGGCCAAGCUCAUAUGCAUGCACCUCUGCCAACUGAACCAUCUAAUACCUCACCGGAGAGAAACGCCAAAAGCAAUUUUCAGACCCCAGAGCCAAAGAAAGCCAUACAUCACAAUUUAGCUCAUGAUGGAAGCCUUAUGAUAGGCACUCUUCAGUUUGUUGGCAUGGGUGUUCCCAGGGAAGUGUAGAUUUGCGGUAGUAUGAGUAGCUGCAAGUGUGGAAGUAGCAGAAACUAUUGUUUCAUUACAUUAUCUUCUGUAUGCGAUCGACAUAGAUCUGUGUUUGUCGGUUGGUAGAA